GCCGAGUGGCAGCAUUAUUUUUGUUCUGUGGACUGUCGUCCUGUCCACUGCCCUGCACCGAAGCUCCUUUACCCCAAUCUGGACUGGCUUUAGUUUCCUUUUGGACUAGUACCUCGCAAUUUCUCUUGCUUUUCUUCAACUGAUUCAUUGUUUUGUUGGUGUGGAGCAGAGCCCCCCACCCCCCAUCCCCCCCGAGGAUGUCCGGAUCAGUGCAUCAGUUGGAGACGCGCCAACGCCAGCAGCACUUUCAGGAGCAGAAGCAGACUCUGGAGCAGCAGCAUCACUUUGAGAGCAGCUAUCACCUGAGCAGCAGGUCCUCUGUUAGCCAGAAGUCUGUCUCUCAUGAGCUUCACAAGAGCACUCAAGGGGCCAGCCUGAAAACGGCCAGCCUGAAGACCUCGCAGAAGACCUCUGUGAAGACAGAGAAGGCGAUGGCCUCUAAAAUGAGCCAUAUCACCAAGAAGGCCGAACGCAAGUACCUAGCCACGGACACAGAUCUCGAGGUCAUCGGCUACGUUGUCCCUGUAUUCAGAGCCAACCAUGAGGUGGUGCGGGGUCUGGCCGAGGCCCAGGACGAGGUGGUGAAGGAGGAGGGGGUGAACUACGUGGCCAUGAGGAACCUGUUUGUGAGGGAGUCCCAGGAAUCCAUGACGCUCACUGUGGAGAAGAAAACCAGGAAGACGAUUGUCAGGGAGUCGGCCGAGAGCCUCCAAUUGGACAGGAAGCUGGAGGAGAGGUCAGAGUUUCGUAAGAAGAUGAACUCAGACAGCCUCUGCCACCGUCCCGAGUUCGUGGUGAUGCCCCGAGGACAGACGGUCUGGGAGGGCAGGACCCUGAAGCUGCACUGCACUGUGGCCGGCUGGCCCAAACCACGCGUCACCUGGUACAAAAACAACGUUCUGAUCGACGCCAAGGCCCACCCUGAGAAGUACACCACCGAGAGCAACUACAACAUGCACUCCCUGGAGAUCAAGAAUUGUGAGUUCUUGGACACUGCUCUGUACCAUGCCUCUGCCCUCAACAUCAAGGGAGAGUCUUCUGCUACGGCCACAAUCGUUAUCAAAAGGUUCCAAGAGGGUGAGGAAGCAGGCCCUCUGGACCCUAAACCCCACGGAUUCAGUUCCGAGCACGGCGUCACCUUCGAGACCAGCAUCCUGGAUAAGUUUGAGGUGGCGUUCGGCCGCGAGGGCGAGACCUUGAGCCUGGGCUGCACCGUCAUCAUCUACCCCACCAUCAAGAUGUACCAGCCGGAAGUGGUGUGGUACCGAAACUCCGUGGCCCUGAAGGCGUCCAGGUGGGUGAACUCCCACUGGAGCGGUCAGAGAGCCACCCUCACCCUGACGCACCUGAACAAGGAGGACGAGGGCCUGUACACCCUGCGCAUCAACACCAAGUCCGGCUUCGACUCCUACUCCGCCUACGUGUUCGUCAGAGAUGCUGACGUGGAGGUGGAGGGCGUGCCCGUGGCCCCCCUGGACGUGCGCUGCCACGACGCCAACAAGGACUACGUGGUGGUGACCUGGAAGCAGCCGGCAGUGGAGGGCAGCAGCCCCAUCCUGGGCUACUUCAUCGACAAGUGCGAGGUCGGCACCGAGCACUGGGCGCAGUGCAACGACAGCCCGGUCAAGUACGCCCGCUUCCCCGUCACGGGCCUGGUGGAGGGACGCUCCUACAUGUUCCGGGUCAGCGCCCUGAACACCGCCGGGGUCAGCCGUCCGUCCCGGGUGUCGGACGCGGUGGUGGCCACGGACCCCUCCGACAGGGCCCGCCAAAGGGCCGGACCCUCCGCUCCUUGGACCGGGAUGAUCAAGUUCACUGAGGAGGACCCCACUGUGGGUGUGGUCCCUGGGGAGCCCAGCGAAGUGGUGGUCACUGAGGCCACCAAGAGCUACGUGGUCCUGGGCUGGAAGCCCCCCGUCCAGCGGGGUCACGAGGGGGUCAUGUACUACAUCGAGAAGUGCGUUGCAGGGACCGACCAGUGGCAGCGUGUGAACACGGGGAUGCCGGUGAAGUCUCCGCGCUACGCCCUGUUCGACCUGGAGGAGAGCGAGUCCUACAGCUUCCGCGUGCGCUGCUGUAACUCGGCCGGCGUGAGCGAGGCCUCCGGGUCCACCAGCAACAUCACCGUGGGAGACAAGCUGGAACUGCCCUCCUCCCCUGGCGCGGUGACGGUCACCAGGAACUGCGCCACCUCCAUCGUGGUAUCGUGGGCGGCCUCCAGGGAGGUGAAGCAGCUGGUGGGCUACUACAUCGAGUACAGCGUGGUGGGCAGUGAGGCCUGGGUGCCCAGCAACAACAAGCCCGUCAAGAGCACCAGGUUCGUGUGCCAUGGCCUGACUACCGGUGAGAAGUAUGUGUUCAAGGUGAAGGCCGUGAACGCUGCAGGUUACAGCAACAGCUCCCCUCUGUCUGACCCUGUCCUGGUCAAGGCUGCCGUCUCUGUCCCUGGGAAGCCCUCUGCGGUGACCCUGGUUGAGGCUGCCAAGGACUACAUGGUGCUGAGCUGGAGCGCGCCGGCCUCCGACGGCGGGGCCGAGAUCACGGGCUACUACGUGAACUACAGGACAGUGAAGGGAGAGGUGGUGGGCAAAUGGCACGAGCUGAACUCCAAGGCUGUUAAUGCCACGUCCUACAAGGCCGAGGGCCUGAAGGAGAACCUCUUCUACCAGUUCCAGGUGCGGGCCAUGAACAUGGCGGGUGUGAGCAAGACCUCUCUGGCUGCUAAAGCUCUGGAGUGCAAGGAAUGGACCAUCACUGUUCCAGGCGCUCCUCUCGGCCUCCACGUGCUGGAGGUGCGUGACACCUCCCUGGUGGUGCUCUGGGACGCCCCGGCGUUCAACGGGCGCUCCCCGGUCAUCGGCUACUUCCUGGACAUCAAGGAGGUGGCGGGCGGCGACGGUGCCUGGAGGGCCGUGCACGAGAAGGUCCACCAGAUCAAGUACAUGAAGGUGACCGGUCUGAGUGCUGGUACUUCCUACGUGUUCCGUCUGCGAGCAGAAAAUCUGGCCGGCGUGGGAAAACCAUCAGGUGUCCUCGGCCCAAUUCUGGCCCAGACUCACCCAGGCACCCAUGAGAUCGAGGUGGACGUGGACGACGACGGUGUGAUCUCCAUGAUCUUCCAGUGCUCUGAGAUGGCUCAGGACUCCGAGUUCAUCUGGUCCAAGAACUACAAGAGCAUCACAGACAGCUCCCGCAUCACUGUUGUUACCCAGGGUGGCAAGUCCAGAGCUAUCUUCAACAGCCCCUCCCUGGAGGACCUGGGAACCUUCUCCUGCAUGGUCACCAACACAGAGGGCUUCUCCGCCAGCUACACACUCACCGAGGAAGCUCUCAAUCGCCUUCUGGACAUCAGCCAUGAGCACAAGUUCCCUGUUAUUCCCUUCAAGAAGGAGAUGUCCAUGGACCUGCUGGAGAAGGGCCGCGUGCGCUUCUGGACCCAGGUGGAGAAAUGCACCGCCGCUUGCAAGGUGGAGUACGUGUUCAACAACGCGGCCGUCACGGCAGGACAGAAAUACUCAAUGAACUUCGACCAGAAGACCGGCAUCAUUGAGAUGUUCAUGGACUCCCUGGAGGUCACAGACGAGGGAACGUUCACCUUUAACCUGGUGGACGGCAAGGCCAAGGGAACCACCAGCCUGGUGCUCAUCGGAGACGAGUUCAGAGAGCUCCAGAAGAAGUCUGAAUUUGAGAGGGCUGAAUGGGUCAGGAAACAAGGUCCUCACUUUGUGGAGUACCUCGGUUUCACCGUCACCGAGGAAUGUAAUGUGCUGCUUAAAUGCCAGAUUGGAAACAUCAAACCCGAGACUGAGAUCGAGUGGUACAAGGACAAGGUGAACAUCCACGCGGACGACGAGGACUCCAAGAAAAUCGGGAUGGAGGACGGGCUGUUGACCUUUAACAUCGGAAAGAUUUCCAAGAGUGAUUCCGGCGUUUACGAGGUCAAGUUGAGGGACGAGAGAGGCAAAGACACGAGUACAUUCGAUUUGACCGACGCAGGCUACCAGGCUGUUAUGAAUGAAGUCUUUAGGGUUAUCGCCAACUCCUCCACCGGCAUCUCGGUCAUCAGCACUGAGCACGGAAUCGUGCUGUCCUCCAGCGUCAUCUAUUACACCCAUGAGCUGCGUGUCAGCUGGCUCCAAAAAGAGAGCAAGAUAACCAGCUCUACCAGGCAAGAGUGUGGAGUCACAGGGGAGCAGCUUUGGCUGAAGAUCAACGAGCCCACAGAGAAAGACAAGGGCAAGUACACCAUCGACAUCUUCGACGGCAAGGAUGGACUCAAGAGGGUCUUCGACCUGUCUGGCCAAGCAUGGCAAGAGGCAUUUGAAGAAUUCCAGAGGCUGAAGGCGGCUGCGAUUGCAGAAAGAAACCGCGCUCGUGUCGUUGGAGGCCUGCCAGAUGUGGUUGCGAUCCAGCAGGGCAAGUCCCUGAACCUGACUGGCAACGUGUGGGGCGACCCGGCCCCCACGGUCUGCUGGAUGAAGAACGACAAGGAACUGGUGACGGAUGACCGCUACACGCUCAAGUUCGAGAACGGGAAGUACGCCAGCAUCACCAUCGCCGGGGUGACCACCGCCGACUCAGGCAAAUACGCCCUGCGGGUCAGCAACAAGUACGGCACGGAGAACGGCGAUUUCACCGUCAGCGUGUACACCCCCGAGGACGAGGACAAGAAGGAGUGAAGUGAUGAUGGGGUUCUUAUGUUAGGAGUGGGAGGGGAGUGAGAGAGAGAGAGAGAGAGAGAGAGAGAGAGAGAGUGAAGUGGAACAGGGCUAUCUCUGAAAGUCGUUCACCCCAGUGCAAAAUAAGUACAGCUGAAGCAGUCUGAAUAAAAGAUGACAGGGAGAAAGUUACAACGCUUCCCUCUGCCUUUUUCCUGCACAGGGCUAAAAACAACAACCUAGAAAGCCCUGGGGGAGUGUUGCUCUUCACAGAAGGAAGCUCAGAUUAUGUAAUAGGGGAAUAUCUAUGUUGCUUAACAUGUCUUUUCUGUUUUUUGUUGCUUUUGGUCUUCAGAUAGUACAAAAAAGCCAAUCGGUAGACAAUCACUGUUUAGCAAAAGGAAAAACACCUAAUAAUCAAAACAUAGUUUUGAAUAACUUCCUAAUUUGUUAAAGUCUAUGCUCUCUCACACCAAGGCACCGCUGAGGUUAUGGUGUUGAUGUAAUUUAGUGUUUUUUUGGUUAUUGCUUUGCAAAUAUAAAACUCACCUAUAGACAAAAAUAAAUUCAUAAUAAUAAUCAUUGUAAACCAUGAAUGGAACCCAUUUCGUGUAUUAUCAGUGCGCUAUUUUGUCACUCUGUGUUUAAGUGACGUCAUGUAUGUAAGGCGAGGUCUCAAGUCAUUCAUCAGGAGGAGUCGAAAGAGAACAGGAAGAAAAGGUCGUGCAAUGUGGACAUGUGAACACUAAUCUGUCUGGGCAUAUGUUGCAUACUUCUGAUCGUGUGUACACACUGUAGAGAUCGAUAUACAAGCAUGACACUCAACGAAUGUAUUUACAAGUGUACGGGGAAAAAAAUUAAAAAACUUUCAAAUAAUGACUGCCCUCCAGAAUGGCUUGAGACCGAAAAUAAAUGUAUUCUCCAAUAAAGAAAGUUGACCUGG